AUGGCCGCCACCAACAACUCCUCCUCCUCUCCCUCCCCUUCUGGCCCAAACACUACCCAUUUCAUCAAACUCUCUGAAUCCAACUACUUGCUCUGGCUUAGCCAAAUCAAGCCGUUCCUUGUCGGCCAUGACUUGUGGCAAUACAUUGAUGAGUCUAAUCCUGCCCCUGUUUCCACCACAACCACCACCUCCUCUAACCCCACCCCUGUUGCCACCACAACCAACACCUUCUCCAACCCCACCUCUGACCCUCCUAAUUCCUCUUCUGUUACAGCCACCACUCUCACUCUACCCAAUCCUGACUUCCUUCUCUGGUACAAACAAGACCAAAUUAUCGUUAGUUACCUCACCUCUACACUUUCCGAGCCAGUUCUCGCCCUCACUGUCGAUUAUGACACUUCCAAAGAAAUCUGGGAUUGUUUGCAAACUCACUUUGCCCAAAAGUCCAUUGCCAGUGCUGCCAAUCUUCACUUCCAACUCUUUGAUAUGACAAAAGGCACCAAAAUCGUUGACUAA